AUGAAACCGUUACGAGCGGUUCUGACGGGUUAUGAGGCUAAGCUGAGAAUCCAGCAUGUCAAACGGCGCUUCGUAAUAAAGAACAAGCAAGUUCAAGCCGAUCCGAUGUUUAAAGUACCACGACUUCCUGAGGGGCGGACAUUCCACUGGCAUUGUGGUAAGCGCCUUUGUUAUCUGAACAACUAAAUGGAAUAUUAUAGAGAAUACCGAGACAGGCAACAAAUACAGGGUCAAGUUCACUCCACGUGGCGGAAAGAAGAACAUUAUCCCGGCUCGCAUGUACAACCAAAAACGAUUCUUGUAAGUUGUUUCUCAAAGUAGUCAUUAGAUCUUUGAAGUUCAACAUGCCAUUAUCUUUCAAUCACUGGUUGGGUUGUCGAAAUGCGGCGUUUUGUUUUUCGGUCACGUGAACUUCUUAUUGUUAUCAGUUCGAAAAGCGCCCCGCGUCGACCGAACUUCUAUUUUAACAUAGCUAAUGAAAACUAGACUUCAUAUCCGAUUCACACAAAACACGAUACGCACGAAUGAAAAGUGAAUGUGUGCUUUUAAUCGGAUGAGUUCUUGCUGGCCUCAUUUUCUUUUCAAAACCACGCAACGUGCAUCGUUCAAAUUUACGAGCCUUCAUUCGAUCAUCCACUUUUGGCCGCACUACAUUUGCCAUCGAAGGAAAUUUGGUAAAACCAUUCGGCAAUGGGACCAAAGAAGAUCAUUUUGCAACAAAGAUCUUGGGCGAAGUUUCAUCACAGCUCUAAUUACCGUCAGAAAGGCGGCAAUAAUGAAUUUUCCUGCAUACUGGCACUACACUUAGGGACGAAGAGUUUUAAAAUGGGAAAGUACUUUAAACUGCUUAUGGUUCGCCGAUUUCGUUCCGCCAUUGAAAAGCACUGUUUGUUGUUUCAAACUUCCGGAACUCAGUGCGAACAUUGUGAGUUUCGAUUCUUCAGUGAUGUCGCGAUGCUAAUUUCGGGCUAGCUUUGUUGGGAAAACAUAAAACAUGAACUAAUCUGAAGGUGUUUAGUUCAGAAAAGUGAUUCUAAUCCUUUACAUCAUUUCUUCAUUGCGUGUAUGAUGUUCUUUGUGCGGAAACAUUACUGUGCUCUGAGUUUUGCGAAAAUGCAUAAGUACGUGCUGGCAAUGCACUCGCAUUCGCACACUCAACCCUUGUCUCCGUCCUCUUGCCCGCCCGCCGUUUCUCUUUCUUUGCGUUGUAUUUGGCCGGCGUACACUCGGGCAGCAUACAUGACUGCUUGGCGCAAUGGUAGCGCGUUCGACUCCAGAUCGAAAGGUUGGGCGUUCGAUCCGCUCAGUGGUCAAAAGUUUUUGCUUUUUUUCGACGGUACUUUCAUACACAUUCGUGGGUGUUUGAGUUGUUGGUUGGUGAAAAAAGAAAGCUUGUCAAUUUUUGAAGUACGUUUUCCACGCUUUCCAACUUCUGUAAUCGUUAGUGAUCAAACACCAAAUUUGCUCAAUUAUCAAUGCACUUAUUCGAAGGAGGAAUUUUACAUCCACAGGUCUCGUAUCUCGGUAGAGAGCAUAUCAGUAGAGUAGGUCACUAGUGAGAAGAAGAGAUCGAGAGAGCGUGCGCUUGUCUGAGACCGUUUUCUUUAGGUCUCCGGGCUGAUUGGACACUUUCUCUGCUUGGUUUCUCAUCGCCUCCAACACUCUGAAUGUCAUCCUCCCGUCCCGAAAAACUAAAUGACAGAAAGAAAAUUUGAAAAGACAUAAGCGUAUCAGAGCAUUGUUGUGCUGGGAAUAGUGAUCAAUCAGGGGCAAUGUGUAGCGAAUGUCUCUGAGCUUUGGAAGUUUGAUAGGUUGAAAUUCAGAUCAUUUGAACCAGUGUGUGUUUUCGAUAAUAGUUCAAAAAAUUUUUGCGGAAGUGACGAGGAUUGGCCAAUCAAGACGGUGGAACAAUUUGGAUGAUCCGUAUAAAUAUAAACGGAUAAUAAUACUAAUUACACGGGACUUCUCAGAACUGGGAGUUGGGGGAAAAUCUUGAAUUUGGAAUCGGAAGAAUCGGAACACUGAAACGAACUCUAUGAUUUUCAGCAAGCCGCGCUAUGACAGUGAACUCGCUCUCACGGAAGCCCUUUUCGAACCUUCAAAGCCGCCGAAACCGGAGUUCUUCGUGAAUCAGGACCAGAACCAUGCCGAACUCAGUGAAGCCCAAUUACGGGGAAUGGCCGAGUACCGCUGGUUUUUCGAGAACUGGGAUGAGGAUUACUAUUCGGUUGAAGGUAGGAAUGCGUUUCAUCUCUAACAAAAAACAAUAUCUUGUAGAUUGCUAUGACAUAAUGCAUCAGGCUGUCAAGGAGAGAGUUAGUGUUUACGAAGACGUGAGUUGACGGAAAAAUUAAGUCAUCUUCAAACCGUAUAUCAAUUUUCAGGUGUACAAGCGCACGCACAACACACUUUUCCUCGCCAGAGCAGUCUUCAUCAAAUACCUGGAUUUGAAUCGCCUCUCAAAGAUCCACAAGAUCUACCUUAUUCUGACCCAAGAAGUCGGAUUUCCGAUGUUCUAUGUUGAGAGUAUUCUUCGUCGUUAUUACGAGUGA